GCGACCCGCCCUGCGUUUGUUGUUGGCGCGAAGUUAGCAGGGAGGAGGGCGGCGGGGAUGGAACUCGGGUCCUUUGAGCUACCGCCGCGGCCGCCAACGGCAUAAACCGACGUCUUGGGAAGCGUUCCGGCCGCCGGCCGAGCACGAGCAUGGAUAUCCGCAAAUUCUUUGGUGUUGUAAGUUCUGGAAAGAAACAUGAGUCUGACACUGCCAAAAAAAAUGAAAUCCCCCCAAAUAAGGAUGGAACUUCAGACAAGAAGUCAAAAAUGAAGGAAAUCAAGAUGAAGAACUCAUCUUGUGAAGGAGAUUCUAAACAAAAGCAGGUGAACAAGAAAAAGAGAAUAAUCUAUGAUUCAGAUUCUGAAGAGGAGAUGCAAUUGGCAAAAAAAUGUAAGAAGCCUCCAGAUAGAAAACAAUCUUCCAACUUCAAUAAGGCCUCAAAGAAGGACCCUGUUGUUUAUGUUUCAGAGACAGAUGAAGAUGAUGAUUUCAUUAGUAAAAAAACUUCCCAAAAGCCCAAGGAGAAUGGGAGAUCUGCAAGCAUUCCCCUUGUAACAACUGGAGCACCCAAAGCAAACCACAAACCUAAAAUAAAAAAUAAACCCUUAUCUCCUGCAAAACUGACACCAAUCUCUGUAACUGAUUACUUUGGAACUGGUAGUAUCCAUAGAUCAGAGAAGAAGUUGGUGUCGAGUAAACGAAAAGAGCGUUCACAAAGCAAGGACUCAACACUAAAUGAUGAGGCUAUUGCCAAGCAACUACAGCUUGAAGAGAAUGUAGAGAUGGAGAGACAGUUACAUGAAGAUGAAGAAUUUGCCAGAACUCUGGCCAUGUUGGAUGAGACACCAAAAAAGAAAAAGCCUCGAAAAGAACCUGAAGAGAAGCAGAUAGCUUCAGUGGACAAAAUUAGUACAGAUGAAGCAGAAAAGAAUAAGCAAUCUCACAAAGUGAAACCUGCCAGUUCAUGUUUUGAUGCAAAACCUCAUUCUGCAAAUGAUAAAAUUAAUCUGGAAGCUCAUACGGAGUCUUCUGUCAGUACAGAAAGGAAGGAUUUGGUAAAUAAGAUUAUGUCAUCAAAGGUUAGCUCCAAGUUGGCAGUGCUAAAACAAAAAGCAGACAGUAUUAAAAUAGAAAAUGGGACUCCAGAAGAAGAGAGUAUCAAAAAAGAAAGUGUGACUCCAAAAGGAAAAGCACCUACAAAGGAGAAGGUCUCUCCCCAAACAUCUAAGUCUGUAAGUCCUGAAGAUUCUGAAAAGAAGCGAACCAAUUAUCAGGCUUAUAGAAGCUUCCUCAAUCGAGAAGGUCCCAAAGCACUUGGCUCUAAAGACAUACCACAAGGUGGUGAAAAUUGCUUGGAAGGUAUGACAUUUGUGAUCACAGGUGUCCUGGAAUCUAUUGAACGUGAUGAGGCUAAGUCUGUAAUUGAGCGCUAUGGAGGGAAGGUAACUGGUAAUGUCAGCAAGAAGACGAGCUACCUUAUUAAGGGUCGAGACUGUGGUAUGUCCAAGUGUGAAAAGGCAUCAGCAUUAGGGACAAAAAUUAUUGAUGAAGAUGGCUUAUUUGAUCUGAUUCGGAAUAUGCCAGCCAAGAAAUCCAAGUAUGAAAUAGCAGCUGAAGCAGAGGCAAAGAAAAUGAAAUCCAAGUGGGAGAAGACCCCACAAAAAGCUGCAACAGAGAAAACAAAAAAUAGCCCUCUGAAGAAAGAGAGUGAACCCAAAAAGAAAAAAUCUGCUCUUGAAAAAGAAUUUACCCCUAAAUCCAGCAAUAAGGAAAUUGUGGAAACAAGGAGGGGUCUGAACUUUGACCAGAAAAGUCUGGAGAAAAAGCAUGUUCCAAAAGAUGCUGAGAGCCCAAUUCAAGAAAAAAGUGAAGGUGGAGCAGAGACAUUAUUAUGGGUGGACAAAUACAAGCCCACAUCCCUUAAAACAAUAAUUGGACAACAAGGUGACCAGAGCUGUGCCAAUAAACUCUUGCGUUGGCUUCGAAACUGGCAUACAAAUACUACAGAGGACAAAAAUGUAAAAUCGAAUAAAUUUGGAAAGAAAGAUGAAGGUGGUAGUUGGAAAGCUGCUUUACUCUCUGGUCCCCCAGGGAUUGGUAAAACAACCACAGCUACAUUAGUUUGUGAGGAACUGGGUUUGAGCUAUGUGGAAUUAAAUGCCAGUGACACUCGCAGCAAGAACAGCCUGAAGGAAAUAGUUGCAGAAUCGUUGAAUAACACCAACAUUAAAGGAUUCUGUUCAGGUACAUCAUCGUCAGUCAGUACAAAACAUGUCCUGAUUAUGGAUGAGGUGGAUGGAAUGGCUGGCAAUGAGGACAGAGGAGGUAUACAGGAACUGAUUGACCUGAUCAAACACACAAAGGUUCCAAUAAUUUGCAUGUGUAAUGAUCGGAACCACACAAAGAUCCGUUCCCUCGCCCAUUACUGUUUUGACCUCCGCUUUCAAAGACCACGUGUGGAACAGAUUAAGGGCGCUAUGAUGUCCAUCGUCUUUAAAGAAGGGUUAAAGAUUCCACCACCAGCAAUGAAUGAAAUCAUCUUGGCAGCUAAUCAGGAUAUCAGACAAGUUUUACAUAAUCUUAGCAUGUGGUGUGCAGGAAACAAAAGCCUGACUUAUGAUGGUGUGAAAGAGGAUGCCCACAAAGCAAAAAAGGAUAUCAAGCUGGGCCCUUUUGAUGUUGUCAGAAAGGUUUUUGCUACAGGUGAGGAGACCUCUCAUAUGUCCCUUAUUGACAAAGCAGACCUGUUCUUCCACGAUUACUCUCUAGCACCGCUCUUUGUCCAGGAGAACUACAUACAUGUGAAGCCAGUUGCUGCCGGGAACAAUAUGAAGAAACAUCUGAUGUUGCUUAGCAAAGCAGCUGACAGUAUAUGUGAUGGUGACUUAGUUGAUCAGCAGAUCCGCAGUCGACAAAACUGGAGCCUUUUACCCACACAGGCCAUUUAUUCAAGUGUUCUUCCUGGGGAGCUAAUGAGAGGCUACAUGAGCCAAUUUCCAAACUUUCCAAGCUGGCUGGGAAAAUUUUCAUCAACAGGAAAGCACGACCGCAUCAUUCAAGAGUUAUCAAUGCACAUGAGUCUCAGGACACAUGCAAGCAAGAGAGCAAUAAAUCUUGAAUAUUUGCCAUACAUAAGAGAUGCAAUUGUGAGACCUUUGAGCCACUUGGGAACAGAAGGAGUACAGGAUACUAUAGCAUUCAUGGAUUCUUAUUGCUUGAUGAAGGAAGAUGUUGAAAACAUAAUGGAAAUAACCAGUUGGGGAGGCAAGCCUAGUGCAUUCUCUAAAGUAGAUUCCAAAGUUAAAUCAGCUUUCACACGAACCUAUAACAAGGAGGUGCAUCUUACACCAUAUUCACUGCAAAUAAUACAGAAGGCAAAGUGGCGAGCGGGGUCUGUUGCGGAUGGCGAACUGGAUGAAGGCGCUGAAGCUGAUGAAUUCCAAUCUGAGAAGGAGCAAGAAGGUGUUGAAAAUGAUGCAAUGAUUAAGAAAACGUCUGCUAAGCAACCCACCUCAGAAAGAACAGAAGAGAAGAAAAAGGGCAAAGCAAAGAAAAAGUCUAAGUGAAUUGUACAGUGCUAAAAAUGACCAGCUAUGCAAACUGGACAGUAUUUUUUUUUAAUACUGGGCUGUGGAUAAAACUAAUGUGCUGACAAAGCGCUUGCUUAUUGGUGAUAUGACUGCUUUGUUUUAUUGCCAGUGCACAAAAAUGAAAACAUGUAAUAUACUGACAAAACGUAAAUGAGACUAACCAGAGACUCUAAUUUCUGAUUAGUGUAAAUAUACUAAGAGGCUUAGCAGCAUCUGGGAAAGAGCACUGAUCUCUCGCGUAUAGUUAAUAUUUCAUCUUUACAGAGCGCCUGAUAUUUUUUUAAGGUAACCAUUAUGUCAUGUAUAUAGUAUGUAAUGAACAAACUGGAUAUUUCUUUUGUACAUGAGAGUGCAGCAAUAUGUAAAAGUUGCAAUAAAACUAGUUUCCUAUUUUAACCAA